AUGGAAAUGCGCGUAGCUCCAGCGUGCAUGAUUAUUGAUUUAUUGCAUGAUGCCCAGUCAGUUUCCGGUGAGUGGUCGUUAAUCGAAAUCAGUGACGAUAAGCACCGGGCGGACCCGUGCGAUCAUGCGUUUUCGCAGUAUUCCGUGCUGUAAAAAUGGCGACGUGAACGAAAAAACUGGAACGGUCAUGCAGUUAUGCGAUCAGCGACUGUAAAUACACAACAGAUGGUUGCGCAAAUGCUUGUAAAUGGUACUACGGUGAGCUAUAAAAUCAGUUUGAAAUUAUACGACAGGCGUAAGCUGCAACUGAAUUCAAGGAAUUGUGAUUUGCAGUUCAUUUCUGACACUUACCUGAGAUCAGCGGCGGACGCGUCAAAUGGCUGCAGUGAUCAGACGUUCUUGCGAUUCGAUCUUGGAAACGCGUUGUUGCAUGCUGAACGGAUAUGUCAGUAG